CCAGGCUUGUAACGCUAGGGUGGAAAUGAAAAAAGGUUCUGAAUCUGCUAAUUGACUGUCCAGUGUCUGGGGAAUGGAGCUAAAUGGAGUGAAUAUCCUGCUAAUUUUUUUUUAAUGGGAUACUCUGAAAUAACUGUCUGGGUAACUUAUGAAUCACAGCCAUUUUCAUACUGAACAAAGAGGGAUCUGUUUCCACAGUCUAGGACUGGGCUUUGAUCAGACCUAGCAGCUAACCCUUCAGCUGAGGUGCCAUCGUAGAGAACAAUGGGAAAUGAGUAUGGAGGAAGACUAGCAGGAGCCCUGCUAUGUUUUAUUAAAGCUUGAUCAAUGGUGCAGGUAUAAAAGUCGGAAGGAACCCCCUGUUCUGCUGAGAUAUCACCACAGGGCUGGGUUUGGGCUUGUUGGUUCGAUCUGCCAAAGUGUUCCCAUGCUAAAUCUGCUCCUAGAAGCAAUGCAGAGUAAUUAGGAAUCCUAGACUGCAGUAGUGCCUACAGGCCUUGAUUGGGAUCUGGGCUCCAUUGUGAACACACAAAAGCCCUGCACUGAAAUGUACAGUCUCUAAAGAAUUAUAGCAAGAGAGUUCUGCACAGCUUAGAGUGAUGAGAUAGAGCCCUUCAUGUCUUGGUCACAGGUUCAAAUCCCAUGUCAGCAGUACAUUAAAGCUGUCAUCAUUCGUGACCUCCUAUCAGGUGUAUGUUUAAAACAAAACAAACCCUUUCAGUUGGAACUAAUUAGCCCCCGGCUGAUAGUCCUUGCUGAGGCUGGAGAUCCAAAUAAUUUUUCCCUGCCUGAUGUGAUUUCCCCUCCACUGCAGACUUCUGGAAUGUUGGGGUGUGUGAAUCUUGCCCUGCCCCAUCUCUGGGGGGUGUGCACAGUUUGCUCCCCGGGGCCCGUUUUGCCUAAUUCUUAACAAAUAACAGACAAAAUGACUGAACAGUCUUUCAUUUGUUCAUUUAAAUAUAAAAUGUUGUUUAUAAAUAAUACUAGCUUGUGCAUGUCAAAAAUCACUGCAGGUAAAAAAUUAAAUAGAGAUAAACCCAGAGCAAGGGUCAUCAACACCCUCAUCUAAUUCCUCUUGCCUUUAAAAACCCCCAAAAUGUCAUUGACCCUCUCUUCUUGACCUGGACUCUUACUCUGAGCUUCAGCCCGCUUUUCCAGCCUGGCCUUUUCUGUUUGAAUGUAGUGGGCCAGAUCCCAAGCUAGUGUAAAUCAAUAUAGCUCCAUGGAUGUCAAUGGGCUGGGUCCCCCGCUGGGUCAGGCUGGGUAAGUGCAACAGGUCCCGCUCAACAUAGUGACUGGUUUGAAAAUGAUAUUGUGGUUACUGCAGCUUGCUGGGGCAGUGACUUGUCAGUGAUCUGUGGCCCGCACUGUACUCUGAUAGGAGACCUCCAGUGGUAACGCAGGGGCCUGUGGGUGAAAGUAAUACUGACCCCAGUGCCUCAGCGUGGUGGUAGGGGUCCUAUGCCACCAGGGGGCUGUCCUCUUCUGGAUGAGAUGCAAAACCAAAAUAGUGACCUUCAGCUCGGACCGAACUGGCGACCUAAGAGCAAGAGCCACUACAGGCCUGAGUCUUCCAGCUGAGACCUGCAGCUGAGGCCUGUCAUCAGUGGAAUGGUCAAGGUCCAAAUUUCUCAGUCCAGAUUCCAGAGAAAAUAAUAAUAAAAAAAAGUAAAUUAAAAAGAUUUUGGGGGUCUGUUCAAAAGCAUCUGGCAGUCUGGCUUGGCUCGCGGUCCGCUGAUUGAUUACCCCUGUUGUAGGUGAUCCACACGGGAGCAGCUUCUGUCUGCACUUGAAUAGCUGAAGCUGGAGAAAGGGGGUGAAAGAGGGGCUUUGUCUCCUUUGUUAACAGUGUCUCCUUUUAGUGCCCAGAGGUUCCUUGCUGCAGUGGGUUACUGAGCCUGCGACUGGCCCCAGCCUGGGGAUCGUGUUCUCAAGAUGGAAGACAAGAAGAAGAAGAGGAGUCCAAAGCCUGGCCUAGCUCAGCCUGUGUCAUCCAGCGCUCUGCGCAAACUGCCCGUCCCCACCAGCAAAAGCACCACCUUCUCUCUGGGGCUGCCUCACCUGCCCUCACCAAAGCAACGGGCCAAAUUCAAAAGGGUGAACAAGGAGAAAUCUCGUCUGCCUCAGCCUGGGGGCAGUGGGGGCGCAGCACUGGGGGCCCCUCUGCAGCACUCCUUCCUGACCGACGUCUCGGACGUUUAUGAGAUGGAGGGUGGGCUGCUGAACCUGCUCAAUGACUUCCACUCGGGCAAACUGCAGGCCUUUGGGAAGGAGUGCUCCUUCGAGCAGCUGGAGCACGUCCGGGAGAUGCAGGAGAAGCUGGCGCGCCUGCACUUCAGCCUGGAUGUCUAUGUAGAGGAGCUCUCUGAGGACCAGAAGAAGACGGUGGCAGAUAGUAACCUAGAUCAGCUGCUGACUAAUUUGGAAGAGCUCAGCAACUCCAUCCAAAAGCUGCACCUAGCGGAGAAUCCAGACCUGGAGGAUGCUGCCACUGCCUAGCUGGCUGCCUGAUCCCUCCAUAGGCAACAGAGGGCAGCAUUGAGGAUUCUGGAGCCAAGGGAAAGCUCCACCAGCUCGACUCUGUCAUGGCCCCUCUGAACAGUAGGAGUAUAAAAGGAAGGACACCCCUAAGAGAAGGGGUUUGGGGGGUGGGCUGGGGGAGGGGCAUGUUGUCUAAUAAUUUUGUAUCAAAAUCCAGGAUUUUUAGAGCAUCCGAAAAGGCCAAACACUGUCAAGGUAACUUGAAAAGUAAACAAGAAAAUCCUAGAGGAAAGACGGGGAAUCAGCAGUGCUGGGUUCUCUCUCUCCUGAUCUCUUCCCAGCUCACCAUGUGACCUUGGGCAAGUAGCUGUACCUCUCUGUGCCUGAGUUUUUUCCUCCCCCUUCUUUUUAAAAAUGGGGUUAGUGAUACUUGAGCAACCUUGUAUAAAGCUUUUUGAGAUUCCUGGAUAAGAAGUGCCAUAGCAAACAAAGCAUUGUUAAUGGGAGAUAGAACAUUUCAUUUUCAGGCUGUGGGAUUCAGUUUGGACCAUUCGAGGGGCUGUGAGUGAAAUGAGUUUGGUGGGUUUCAGUCUGGUUCCUAGUGGACAAACAGCUACAUCACAAAAUCUUGCAAAAUACCCCAGGCCUUUUGUAGAAAUUCUUUCUGUGGGGGUUGGGUAAUAUUUCCAUUCCAACAAGGAUAGAAGUGGUGGCUUUGCUAGACCAGACACCAAAUGUAAGAAGAGAGGAGUUUAAACAACUAACAUUUCUACACUUACACACACGUCCACUUUUUAACAGCUAAGCUGCUCCAAUUUGACACUGAAGGUGAAUAGAUGAGUGUAUGUUUACAUGUCAGAAUGUUUUUCUAGUAGUAGAAUGUAGCACUAAAUAAUGAAAUUGUAAUGUAAAUAAACUAGGUGUGGUAUUUUGCUGUUUUCA